GAGUGAGUGGUUGCGCUUCAGAGCAGCGGCACCGCUUCUGAGGACGCGGUGACGGCCACAGCGACACCUCUAUACACAGACAGAGAGACAGAGAGAGAGAGAGAUGCGUUUGUCUAACAGCGUCGUCGGGCGUCGCAAGUGCUGAUCCGAGCGUCUCACGGCUUUCUUUUCAUGAACGCGCCCCCAUUGUCAACCUGCCGGGGGGGGCCCCCCAAAAGUGGAGCAGAGCCCGGCUUCUAUGAAUGGGAUGCUCGGUUCCCAGGCUGACUGGAUUUAAGGAGCAUCACUAUUCAUUCCAAGGUCUCUAACAAGCAUCACAUAUAAGAUCUGGAAGCUCUUUUUGUAGUCUGACUGCAUCUUUUCCUACCACUUUGUACAAAACAAAACACCUGAUCAGCCGCCAUGCCCAUCUUAAAGCAGCUAGUGCCAGGCUCCUCCCAGACCAAGCGCCGCUCACGCAUGGACCUGACAAGGGAGAUGAUCAGUGCUCCGCUGGGCGACUUCCGCCACACUAUGCAUGUAGGUCGCAGUGGUGAUGCUUUCGGAGACACCUCCUUCCUCAGCACCCGCUCAGGGGAACCUCCCCCCGAGACCACAUCUUUCCCCCGCUCGCCCAGGCCUGGCCUCCUGUCUCGUACCUUCAGGAGCAGCAAACGCUCGCAGUCUGUGACCAGAGUGGAUCAACAGAGGGACAACACCCUGGCCGUCCCGGGUGAGUCGCCUACCUAUGUGAAGACUGCCAUGUCUCUGCCCUUUCUCAAUGAUGAAGACAGAGGGGACAGUCUGGUAGCAAAGAGUCUGUCCUCAAGUCCUUUAAAGCAGCAAGGGGAGGUGGAUGGGAGAGGUGCAGCUGCAGCCACUCACUUCCUGGAACUGGAGGAGCGAAGCUUCGGUGAGCUGACUGAGCUUCCGGAGAGCUCCCAUCACUAUGGAGGUGGAAUGAAGCACGCCGUGUCAGUAAUGUCUUUCCAUGUCGAUCUGGGACCCUCCAUGCUGGGUGACAUCCUGGGGGUGAUGGAAAAAGAGGAUGACGAUCUUGGCUACGAGGAGGGCAAGAGCAGCGAGGGCCGUGCCUCACCACCCCUCAGCACCCACGGGGAGGAAGAGGAUAGUGUGGAGAAGGGAAAAGAUGACGAUACAGAGGAUCAGAUAGAGGCAGAGGAAGAAGAGGCAGAACUGCAGCAACAGCCCCCUAUGCACCCGGUCAGCUCAAUUGAUCUGGGGCCAGAGAACGGAGGGCCCUACAUCCCAGAGUAUACCCCUGAGCCAAGGCCCAAACACUUGCAGCAUCUAGACAGCUGCUCCAUGUCCAGUUCUGGCUCUGCUGCCCUGGAUGAGAAACCAAACAGUCAAACCUAUGCAGGAGAUACAGACAGCGCCACCUUUAGUGCCCCGCCAGAGGAGGAGAGCAACUUCUCCUCUUUCUUGGAGGAUGAAGAUGAUGAGAUCCAUGUAUGAGAUUCCAAACCCUUCUAAAAAAGUACAAAAGAGCUCUGGAAGGGGUUUAUGUGAAACUAGCAAGUCCUUUGACAGUGUGGAUUUGCACUUGAAGACACCGUGGUCGGGUACUGUGGGAAUGGGACUGUGAAGAAGACGGAGGACUCUUACUUUGUAGGGCUGCAAAGAGAGUGUGACUGUUCCCUUAGGAUUGAGCCCAAACUCGAUCUGUCAGCGAGCGUUACCCUCCACUUGCUGUUUGUCUGUCAAUCCGUCUCUCCCUUUUGAACACUGAGGGAGCUGACAUGGAAGGGCAGCCACUUUCUGACUGUGGAACAUUCCAAGGCUACGCAGGGAGACAGAGGGGUUAGAAAGGAACUUUUGUAGGAAAAACACUUUCCAUAGCUAAAGCUCACGCUCACGCGCUCCCUCUCUUCAUCCUCGCUCACUCACUUGACUUGUCACAUGUGCUUUUUUUUCUUUUGGUUUGCCUUCUCUCUUGUUCUCUUUCUCGCUCUGGCUGUUGAACAUCAUGAGGCCUGAGCUGGACAAAAAUGUCACCACAGGAUCACUGGUGGGUAUCUUGUCACAAUAAAGGGGACUGUGUUUGGGACUGGAGCCUGAAGUCCUGCCAUGAGCCUCUUUCAUCUGAAAAUACUGUAUUAUACUAGAGUACCAUGGAUCUGUCAGUUUUCUCCCUUACGUAACUCAGGGUCCUUAUGACGCUGCACAAAAGUUGCCAUUUCUUGCUGUAAAGCUGGACCACACGGCCCAAACCAAAAUUCCCUUGUUUUUGAUUCACGUUGAGCACCACAACGGCUUAGCCUUGGUGUAAAUGAAAGAAAACAGGGCUAUAAAGCUAAUGGUGAUACACUGGCCUACAUUACCUACAAAGUGCAUAGUGUUACUACAGGAAUCUACAGGUGUGAACAGUGUUUGUACACUGGGGAAGGACUAAACACCGAGUUUGUCAUCUCCUUGUCAGUGAACAGAUUUUUUUUUUUUAUUUCACCCUGAAGCCCUAAUGGUGGGGAUUUUUACAGAUUUCCGUGAACUGACACAAACUGGUUAGCCUCCAUCUCCUGAUCUAUCAAUUCAGACUGAAACUGAAUAGAGACUGAUAACCACUUCCUUCCUUAUUUUUCAUACAUCUGCAAAAGUGCAGUGGUGCAAGGGAACCGUAUAAAAGAUGCUGAUCCUCUUUAGUCCAGGGGCUGCAUUUUACACAUAAAACAGUUUCCACCACUACUUUAGGGUUUACAGUGUGUAUUGUGGAAAAUUAGUGCACCAGCAGGCACAAUUAAACCGCACACUACUUCUGUUUGGUGUUUUAAUACCUGCUGUUUUUUUUUUUUUUUAACUUUAAAAUAUCUUUGCUAUAUUUGUGUUUAUGUCUGUCUUGAAGAGUGGAUGAAAAAGAAGACACAGCCAGCAAUAGAUGCAAGAGCAUUUAGAAAAGAUUGCUAUUUUUGUUCAAGUUGCAUAGUCAUUGCAGCUUGACUGUAUCUCUUGCAUCAUUAAAAGCCGUGGCCAGAAGUAUUGAGGCUCAGUUGCGCUGAUUGAUUUCACUGCCUUAACUGAAACUGACAUGUGCCAAAUGAUAAUUUUCUAGCCAAAAAUAAUUUCAGUUGUGAAGCUCACUUUUGGGAGAGCCUGCCAGAGCUGGCUGUCACUUCGUUCUCUGUAUCUGUAAUCACUGUUGAAUUUAAGUUAAGAUUGAGAUCAGCUUGCAGAUUUAAAAGGAAAAAAAAAAAAAAAAAAAACUAAAUUAAAAUAAAUCUUGUUUAAA